ACUUCUGAAGGAUUUACUGCGCAUGCUCAGUACUCUCUGGCCCGAGUUUAAAUCUCCUACUUCGCCGUUUUUACCAAGCGGUGCAACGUCAGUGGGGCCGAGUCAGCUAGAUGGUUUAAAUUUACAAUUGUGAAUUAUUGUAUAAAAGUUUACUUAAAUUUGAUAGUUUAUGAACACAAGUUAUGGCCGGCAGUGCUCGAGGCGAUGACUUUGACGAGUGUGACGAGCCAGGGGGCACGAGGUGGUGCGAAUGGAUGAGGGACGAUGACAAUUCGGGCAGUUUAAUUGUCCCUCAGAGUGAGCUAGAGGGUGACUUCUUUGAAGACGAAUGGCUUGCGCCCAAACAGACCCUCUCCGACAUGCAGGACGAAGAGCUGGAUGAUGACCUUCUGCACAGUGACAACGAUAGCCCAAGUCCUGGUGUCACUGCCGGCCUGGACUCGACAUUUGACCCCAACUCGCAGACCUCGACCAAAGUAGGACGACCCGGGGGUGAUGAGGGCCCGGGUGUCGUCAGGGAGGACGACCGGGCCGGCACCCCUACUGAUGGGGGGGUCAGCGCUGAAGAUGUGGUGGACAUCGGAAUUGGUGGCUCAUUGGACAAUGAAUUUCAAGUGGAUGAUGGUUUUUCUGGAGUUAUCAGGAGUGUGCCAAUAGCCGUCAAGGUCCAAGAGACUGUAGAGGAUGAGGCUGACAGAGGGGAGACUUCAGAAGCGGUUAGCGAGGAGGAAGAGAAUGAAAGGUGGAUAGAGGAGCUCAAGGGGAAGCCAGAGCUGUCGGAGGAGGAGGAUGAAGAGGAAGACCAGGAAUCCCAUCGGCUCCGCUUCAAGACGGAACGAAAAGACGCUUCCGCAGUUCCUCUCUCAGCCGUGGCAGACAAACGGAGGAACAUUCCGGAAACCUUAGAGCUUUCAGAGGAGGCUGCAGCCGCCCUGUAUUUCCAGGCGACAGCGCGGACACGCGGCAGGCUCGGUGGGAGGGGGAGAGGAGGCAGGACUGGCUGCUGUACGGCCAGGCUGCAGGAUGUCGGUCACAGAGGACAGGGAGCCCUCUCUCUCCGCCCACCCCGCCCCCCCGGCUCCUUCAGUCUGGCUGCCUCUCAGGCCCGUGGUUCAUGGAGGAGCCCCUCACCAAUUCAAGAUACCUCCUUAAGUCACAGUCAGGCAGCCACCUCCCAACCCCCCAAAAAGCUGCAGUCAGCAGAUUCCCCGCUCUCCGGGUGGGCCAAGAUGCACCGCACCUCAUCCCAGUGGCACCACCUGGUCUCUUCCAAGCAGCUGUUCCCACCGUCAGGGCUGACCUGCCCACCGCAGAGCGCACGCCUCGGGAAACAGGGUUUCAUAAAUCUGCUGCCACGCCCGCCGAUCCGAAACCGCACCACCCGGCUAGUGCCUCAGCCCUGCCCUCUUAUGCCCCCACUAUCUCACAGUACCCCUCUGCAGCAAGCCCAGACCCCCAUCCGGCAAGCAUAUGGGAGCGUGUGCCAGGCCAGCCUCCCAGCCCCGCCUCCCCCCGCAGCACAAGUGCGGCCGUUCGCCAGGCAGCCGCCAAGCACGCAGGAGGUGCCCGUGUGCACUGCCAAGGCAGAGUGCAAGCCUGGUGUGCACCCGGGGAGGGGGGCGCCAGCUGACCUUUCUCAGAAAUCUGGCCCUGAGGGGUCUGGCGAGGAAGAGGAAGCCAGGAGGUAUGGGCAAAAGCUGGAGGAACAGAGGUGCCUUCGGGAGAGGCUGUUACAGCACAAGGAGCUGCGGAGGCGGCAGCAGGCUGAAAUGCGCAAGAAGGAGCUCCUGCAGCAGCUGGCUAGAGCACCCCCUGCAGGCUGUGAACCACAAGUGCGCCCUCUUAUGGUACAUAGCCUGCCAGCUGCAGCCCCGAGCAGUGUCCGGCACCUGGGCCCACCCACCAGCGCCCCCUUCAGACUAAAUGCGGCCCAGCAAGUUUCUUCAGGAAUGCCCGUCUCUCCAGAGCAGCAGUUGUGUGUGACAAUCUCCCUGCCGAGUCAGUGGCGAUCUCCGCGCGGACCUGGCCCCCGCUGGACUCAGAGAUACAGUCCACCCCCCGACCAGAGGGCCGGACUGAAACGGAUCGUGACGCGGCAAGGCGUCAGCCACCCUCUCAAAGUCAGGGUGGUCCAGCUCCUUGAAGUACAGGCAGCAGGGGGCGAUGGCAACUCCCGCCCCAGAAAGCAGACUUCUCAAGAGAGGAAUGUUACCCUGAGGAGGUCCAUCCAGCCGGAGCUCACGACACCUGGGGGAAGAGAUGGCGAGGGAGCCCCCCCAACAAACUGGAUUGAACCUGGAGAGGACAGAGGAAACCAAACGGCUCAGGGGUCUGGGGCGUGGAGCGCAUGCGUCGAAGCUACCACUAGGGGGCACUCCAGUCUUGUGGUCCGCAUCAAUUGUUGAAGACCCACAAAUAAAGAUGCGCAUAUUUGGAACUGUGCAAAGAUAGCAAAGGCUGGUGACCCGGACCACGCGGGAUGGCGAUCUGUUACAUAUUCAGUUUGCAAUCGUACCAGAUCAUGUGAUCUUCAUGUUUUUUGUGUUCAUUGCAUGUUUGUGUUUGCAGCCGUUUGCUGCUCAGUUCAGUUCCCUGUUGGAACUGGAAGUCUUGACUGGAAAGUUAUAAAAAUAUUUUUAGCUACUAA